ACUGACAGAUAUGACAGUUGACGUCAGUUCAGGAAGGCGACGACAUUCUACGUCGUGUAGGAUUUUACCCACACAUUCCCCAAAAAAAAAACGUGUGGAGGAAAAGUGCAGCUGAAACGAGCAGAAUCGCAUCACAAAAUACAUUUUGUAUUAAUUAUUAGAGAACGGGUGCUUUGGAAAAUUGUGUAGCUGAACAGGAAUCGAUCGUGUGUUCAGCGUGCAUUUCGCUCCAGCUAGUUUUGGGUGCUGUUGACGGGCGCGAAAGCGUAGGAUCGUACGGUCGUGUAGACAAAUAGCUGUGCUCUAGCUGGGGUAAAAAUCCGCGAAAAAUUCCCCGUGUCAGGCAGGUACGAUGAGUGUCGACGCUUACGACGGAACAACUGGUUCCCAAUCGCUGACCUUUGUCGAUACGGAAGAAAACUUCUUCGUGGGAGCAGAUUCGCAGGGUACGGAGUAUGAUUUUCGCGAUUUUACCAUUCCUUCGCAAAGUCAAACCCAAGCCUCACAGCUCGAUCACCUUGGCGGAGGCAGUCAGGUAAAUGGAUUCGGGCGGCGUAUCGGCGCUGAUCCGACGAAGCUGUCCGGCAUUACUUCGGCAAUCGGGGAACUGCAGUUCGAGGAGGAUGAGGAUGAGCUGGACCCAGUGGAGAAUAAGGAUCUGCCCCCACAUGCGUGUCGCUACUGUGGUAUACACGAGCCAAGUACGGUGGUUAUGUGUAAUAUCUGCAAAAAAUGGUUCUGUAACGGACGUGGAAGCACGUCUGGAUCGCACAUUGUGAAUCAUCUUGUGCGGGCUAAGCACCGGGAGGUAACGUUGCAUGCGGAUGCUCCUCUCGGCGAGACGGUGCUAGAGUGUUAUUCUUGUGCCGUGCGGAACGUGUUUGUACUAGGGUUUAUUCCCGCCAAAAGCGAUUCCGUCGUUGUACUGUUGUGCAGACAACCAUGUGCCGCACAGAAUUCCAUCAAGGACAUGAACUGGGAUCAGGAACAAUGGAAGCCGCUGAUUGCCGACCGCUGCUUCCUAUUUUGGUUGGUAAAGAGUCCAACCGAGCAGGAUCAGUUGCGUGCGCGCAAAGUGUCUGCGGCGCAGAUUAACAAGCUGGAGGAGCUGUGGAAAGAAAAUGUUGACGCAACGUUCCAGGACCUGGAGAAGCCAGGCAUUGACAAGGAACCGCAGCAAGUACAGCUACGGUACGUCGACGGGUAUCAGUACCAAAACACAUUCGGACCGCUAGUGAAGCUGGAAGCGGAUUAUGAUGAAAAGCUGAAGGAAAGCCAAACGCAGGAAAACAUCGAAAUCCGUUGGGAUACGGGGCUGAACAAGAAGACGAUCGCUUACUUCACGCUUGCGAAGAACGACGGCGAUAUGAAGCUGAUGCACGGAGAUGAACUGAAACUGCGCUACGUCGGAGAGCUGCACAAGCCGUGGAGUUGCAUUGGGCACGUAAUCAAGGUGCCGGACAACUAUGGCGACGAUGUGGGCUUAGAGCUGAAGCACAACCAUCAGGCACCGAUAGAGCGCACGAGCAACUUCUCGGUCGAUUUCAUCUGGAAGGGUACGUCAUUCGAGCGAAUGCAGCAAGCGCUGCGCAAGUUUGCGAUGGAUGCUAAAAGUGUUUCGAACUAUAUUUACACGCGUUUGCUCGGAAAUGUCCGGGCCGAUGGUGCUGAGGAGGUGCUGUUCCGGUUGAAUCUGCCCAAGCAUUUCAGCGCCCCGAAUCUGCCCGAUCUUAAUCGAUCGCAGGUGUACGCAGUCCGGCACGCACUGCAGCGACCGUUGAGUCUGAUCCAAGGUCCGCCCGGUACGGGAAAAACGGUUACGUCGGCCACGAUCGUGUAUCAGCUGGCGCGUCUUAACAGUGGACCGAUCUUGGUGUGCGCCCCGAGCAACACUGCUGUCGAUCAGCUGACGGAAAAGAUUCACCGUACCAAUCUGAAAGUGGUGCGCGUGUGUGCCCGAUCUCGGGAAGCGAUUGAUUCGCCGGUCAGUUUUCUGGCGCUGCACAAUCAAAUACGCAACAUGGCACAGAACUCGGAAUUGAAAAAGUUGCAGCAACUAAAGGAUGAAACCGGCGAGCUGAGCCUUUCGGAUGAACGUCGCUAUCGGUCGUUGAAAAAGCAAGCCGAACGCGAACUGUUGGAGGCGGCCGAUGUCAUUUGCUGCACCUGUGUAGGAGCAGGCGAUCUUCGUCUGCAGCGCAUCAAGUUUAAUUCGAUCCUGAUUGACGAAUCGAUGCAGUCGACGGAACCGGAGUGUAUGGUACCGGUGGUGCUGGGAGCCAAACAGCUCAUCCUGGUGGGCGAUCACUGCCAGCUGGGGCCCGUGGUGAUGUGCAAGAAGGCAGCCAAGGCAGGUUUGUCACAGAGCCUGUUCGAGCGACUGGUGGCUCUCGGCAUUCGUCCCUUCAGGCUGGAGGUGCAGUACCGAAUGCACCCGGAGCUGUCGCAAUUUCCGUCGAAUUUCUUUUACGAGGGCAGUCUGCAGAACGGUGUAUGCGCGGACGAGCGCAAGCUGAAGGUGGAUUUUCCCUGGCCAUCGCUGGAGUGUCCGAUGUUUUUCCUCGUCACCCAGGGACAGGAAGAAAUAGCGGGAUCAGGUACAUCUUAUCUGAACCGCACCGAGGCAUCGAAUGUGGAGAAAAUAACGACCCGAUUCCUGAAGGCCGGCAUUAAGCCGGAGCAAAUCGGUAUUAUUACACCGUACGAGGGACAGCGGGCGUAUCUGGUGCAGUACAUGCAAUACCAGGGCUCAUUGCACUCGAAGCUGUAUCAGGAAAUAGAGAUUGCCAGCGUGGAUGCGUUUCAGGGUCGAGAGAAGGAUAUCAUUAUCAUGUCCUGUGUGCGUGCCAAUGAACAUCAGGGUAUAGGGUUUCUGAACGAUCCGCGUCGAUUGAACGUGGCACUGACCCGUGCCAAAUACGGUAUCAUUAUUGUCGGCAACCCGAAAGUGCUUGCCAAGCAGGAGCUGUGGAACCAUUUGCUGAACUUUUACAAGGACAAAAAGGUGCUGGUGGAAGGAUCGCUCAACAAUCUGAAGGAAUCGAUGAUUCAAUUCACCAAGCCGAAGAAGAUCAUCAACACGCUGAACCCCGGAUCACAUUUCAUGACGAACGCUAUGUACGACGCCAAGGAGGUCCUGGGAGGUGGUUAUUUCGAUCGUAACCCCGGACCAUCAUCCAGCUACACGCACAAUCCGCUCGCCGGGUACGGUAGCAUGAAUGCCUAUCAUCACCAGCCGGGUGGAUUUAUGGAGAUGGCCAAUCACGGCAGUGGUAGCAGCAGUGCAAACGCUAACACACCGCUCGAUGCGUUCAUGCGCAAAGUUCACGAUCCGAUCGGUUACAUUUCGCCGCAACGUUCUCAUCCGGCCGUGAGCAAUAUGCCGGUGCCGGUGGGAAUGUUCAUCAACAUGUCGAACGCACCGUCCCGGUUCUAUCAGCAGCAGCAGGCCGCAGCUAUACAGGCGGCCAAACAAACACGGCGCCCGGUGGUAGGAAAAACGGCCAGUCAACUGCUUGCCGCUGGUUCGGGAUCGAGCUCCGGUGGUAAAUCAAGCCGACCGCGUCCAAUAGGGCCACCAAGCAGCAGCCACGGCAUGAACAGUGCUGCCGGUGCUUCACUUACGCAGGGCAUGUCGCAGAAUAUGUCCCAACCGGGCUUCAGUCUGUCCCAGCAACCCGAGUUUUCCCAGGACUACAUGGGUGACUAUCAGUCACAGAUGGACAACAUACUGUCGCAAGAGUCCAACUACCACAGCCAAUCCGGGCCGGGCGAUCGGUUGGCAUUCGAACUGCACUCCAGUUCACAGUUCUCGCAACCGUACUGAUAAUGGACUCGGGGCAAAAAACAAAGCUGGAAUGCUAAACACGAUGCAAAAGGCUAUCAUCCAAACAUAUACGACACGCGCGGUGAACGAAUACAAGAGGGAAGCACGAUUUUCGAUCGAGCGAGCAAAAUCAUGCAAAGGCUAACCUGAGGCGCUUACGACAGACCCCGUAAAGAGCAACAUAGAGUGGAACGAACCGGCUGGCCCCCGCUGGCCUCCCCCCCGAUUACAUCCAUCCGGAACGCCACUAUCCGCCAGAACCGAAAUGAGCACAGUUUCGCGACGAAUGGUCAGUGGGUAGAACGGUGGACACACGCCAAGAUGGGCGAACGCGUCAGAGACGGUUGACGGAUUCUCCGAGAGAGGUGUCGAAUUGCCCAGCACACCUCUUCAGCCCGGAAGCGGAAAGGAGGUUCUUACCGUUAUUAGCGCUAUAGCUUUGUUGAAACGAAAGACGUUUGCCGCUCGAUGUAGCUAAUGCUCUGGCACUAGUGUUUGUCUGUGCGUGUCUGUAUGUCGUCCAACAGUAUUGCAUGUGUUUGCAAUGGAAAUCUUUUUUCAUUGCGAGAUAUAUUGCUCGUUUGCAGCGACAAUUGCCGCCUUUCCCAAGGUGUGGCUGAACAAUUGGUCUUGAGAGCCUUGCAAAGACUCUCAACUAUUUUGAACAAUCAUUUUCUUGCACCAUCGGCAAGAGUAUUUGAUGCAAAUUUCUUCCACAAAACUGAACCGUUUGUCGCUACUGCCAGGGUAUUAGUUUCCGAUUUUGCGUGCCGUCUUUUCAACAGCAACAAAAAAAAGCUACUACACGACGAUGAUGAUGGUACACGCGUCAAGCGAUACAAAAUGCGUUGUGCAAAUUAAACACGUUCCGUUCAUUUCGGUUAUUCGGUUCAUCAGGAGUUUUUUUUCUUCUUUCUUUCGGUUCUUUCGGUUAGGUACGGUAUAGACAAAGUGUAGGGUAACAGGUCAAAACCCGGCAAGCAAGCGAAUGUGGGGACCGUUUAGUGUUUUCGGUUCAAUUGCUAAACAGGUAACAGAGAGCUUAUUCGCAGCGAAUUAGAAAAAGCUAGCAAACAUUCAAACAUUCUUCGACGUCGGGUAAAAAUGACUAUUAGAUUCCGUCUUCUGGCGGUUUUUUUUCUUUCGUGUUGGUCAAUAAAAUAUUGUUUUGAAUGAAAA